UACAGGAUAAUGUAACUGGAGGGCCCAUAUUAGAGCAGACUUGACCAUGGGAGCCAACACGUCAAGCAAACCACCAGUGUUUGAUGAAAAUGCAGAUGUCAACUUUGACCACUUUGAGAUUUUGCGAGCCAUUGGAAAAGGCAGCUUUGGGAAGGUCUGCAUUGUACAGAAGAAUGACACCAAGAAGAUGUAUGCCAUGAAGUACAUGAACAAACAGAAGUGCGUGGAGCGCAAUGAAGUGAGGAACGUGUUCAAGGAGCUGCAAAUCAUGCAAGGGUUGGAACAUCCCUUCCUGGUGAAUUUGUGGUAUUCUUUCCAAGAUGAAGAAGACAUGUUCAUGGUGGUGGACCUCCUCCUUGGUGGGGACCUGCGUUACCACUUGCAACAGAACGUUCGCUUUGAGGAAGACACAGUGAAGCUGUUCAUCUGUGAGCUGGCCAUGGCCCUGGAUUACCUGCAGGGCCAGCGCAUCAUUCACAGGGAUAUGAAGCCUGACAAUAUUUUGCUUGAUGAACAUGGCCAUGUGCACAUCACAGACUUCAACAUCGCUGCCUUGUUGCCCAAGGAGGCUCGGAUUACCACCAUGGCGGGCACAAAGCCUUACAUGGCACCUGAGAUGUUCACCUCCAAAAAGGAAGCAGGAUAUUCCUUUGCUGUUGACUGGUGGUCCCUGGGAGUAACGGCGUAUGAGCUCCUGAGAGGCCGGAGACCAUAUCACAUUCGGUCCAGUACUUCCAGCAAGGAAAUUGCACACAUGUUUGAGACAGCUAUUGUGACCUAUCCUGCUGCGUGGUCACAAGAGAUGGUGUCCCUUCUUAAAAAGCUACUUGAACCUAAUCCAGACCAUCGUUUUUCUCAUCUGGCUGACAUUCAGAACUUCCCCUCCAUGAGUAAUGUGAAUUGGGAUGCAGUCCUGCAGAAGAGGCUUACCCCAGGUUUCAUUCCAAACAAAGGCAGGCUGAACUGUGACCCCACCUUUGAACUUGAAGAAAUGAUUUUGGAAUCCAAACCUCUUCACAAGAAGAAGAAACGUCUGGCAAAAAAAGAGAAGGAGAUGCGGAAGAGUGACUCGGCCGAGACCUGUCUUCUUCAAGAGCACCUUGAAUCUGUCCAGAAGGAGUUUAUAAUUUUCAACAGAGAAAAAGUAAAAAGAGACUUUACUAAAAGAGAAGCUAACUUAGCCUUGGAUCAAACCAAAAACCCACAAGAAGAGGAUGGGCAAGAUAGCAAUCUGUGA